AUGUCUCAGUUUGAGAGUACUCAGGGGUGUUCCCGUCAUUCUUGUUUGGGGAAUGAUCGUUGUGGUCGAAAGUAUUAUCUCAUGGCUAGAAGAGUUGUUGCAGUUUCGGCUAAUGGGUGUCAGUGUUGGUACUACUCAACUGUACAUCAGCUUAAGCGUUUGCUCUGCUGUUUUGACAGUUCGAUUUGUGUUGAGAAAAAUCUUUUGGAGCAGUUUGAGUUGUCCAGACCUGAAAUCGAGCGACAAAUGCGCAUAACUGAAAUUAUAACUGACUCUAAUAAAGGAGAUAUGAUGUCAUAUUUUGAUUGGCAGGAAAAACAAUUUCAAAAUAUUGAUAUUAACGACAAGGAAGCGACAAAGACUGAGGACUUGUUAGAUACUAAACCUGUUUUGUCGACUUCUCCAAAAGAACUAGAAAAUCUUUAUGUUCUCGGGAAAGACGAUGAAUACAAGAAAUAUGUAAAUCUCUUUUCAGCGGAUGAUCACAAUUCUUUGAGUAAGAAGCAAAGAGAAGAGGAGCGAAUAAAGAAACGGACUUUAUUCUCUCGUUUUAAUCAGAGUACAGACUUUCGUUGGCAUGGGCACAUUUAUGGGACAUACAAACAAAUCCUUACAUCAGUGAGAGCAUCGUAA